CACCACUCCUGUCUACAACACCUGAGGCUGAUCCUCCCAUAGUUUCAGACUGUAUUAGGUUACAUCUCCUAUCCCCUGUACCUACUGAAUGUACUGGACCUGGUAGUGUAUUUGCAGAUAGGACAAUUAUCAAAGGCAGAAAUGGAGCAUUUUAGAACAUUCCUCUUUUGCCUUGCUGGAUGUUUGGUGACGGUUUUUGGAUACCCAAGUGGACAAAUAAGUCCCUCCUGUGACAGCAUGCUUCCAUCUCAUGGGAACAGUGCCCCUCAGUCAUCGGAGUCCCCGUAUAUCAUCACUGUGUCUAAAACAACUUUUCUUCCAGGGGAUAUUAUUACAGUAACUAUAAGCAAAAAAUCCUCUGCCUCCAGUUCAUUUAAAGGAUUCCUUCUUCAAGCCCGAUUGGUAGGAGGAAAUAGGAUUACUGGAACUUUUCAGCCCUCAGAUUCAGGAGUCGCUCAAACAUUAACAUGUGGCUCGCAAGCAUCUGCUGCUGUCAGUCAUACGAAUGAUAACUUUAAAGAGAGCGUCACCGCCCAGUGGACCGCGCCAGAGGGAGCAGGACCUGUGCGAUUCAGAGCAACAGUUUUGCUUAGUUACGACACCUUCUGGACUGGAGUGGAGAGUGACAUCAUAGAAGCAUUGAAGAUGUCUAACACCCCAUGUGGUUCUCAGAAGUUCUGCUUGUCUGAUCCAACAAACUGCAGUCCUGAUGACAACAACUGCCUCUUCAUGUCCGCAGUUCCCGCUAACGUUGGAUAUGUGUUUGAGAUGAGCGGCCCUACAACUGGAUAUGUGGCUAUUGGGUUUUCUGAUGAUCAAGAAAUGGGGAACGAUGAUUUUUAUAUUUGCACAACGAACUCUACAGGAUCCAUUUUGGUACAGAGAGCUAACACUACAGGAACUGUCGCUCCAACACUCAGAAACAUUAGCAUAGCCGGAUCAAUAGUGUCAUCCUACAAAGAUGGCGUAUUGAAAUGUUCCAUUAUUACUGCAGAGAGCAUCUUACUACAACAACGAUCAAGUGGAAAUCCCACCUACUAUAUCUUCCUGGUCAGUGGCCCAUCAAGUGCUGAUGGUCAAAUCCAGAAAAAUACAAAGGAGUUGAUAACGGACAGUAAAAUUGACCUGAGAAGUUUUUUGGCAACUGUGGCAGAGAGUGGAGAAAGUAAAGUAGUGCUUGGUCAUGGUGCCCUUAUGCUAAUUGCCUGGAUGACCACUGGGACCAUUGGGAUGAUGAUGGCUCGCUAUAUGAAGAGUGCGGCUGGAAAACCAUUCCUUGGGAAGGCAGCAUGGUUUCAGGUUCAUCUCAUUCUCAUGAUAUUAACAGUAAUUCUGACCAUAAUAGCAUUCAUUAUGGUGUUUGCGGACGUUCGUGAAUGGAGUGGGGGAGCCCAUCCAGUCCUUGGCUGCAUAGUUAUGAUAUUGUCGUUCUUCCAACCCAUUGCUGCUUUUUUCCGCCCAGAUCCUAAGCAUGAAAGACGUUUCAUCUUCAACUGGGGACAUAGCAUAAAUGCCCUUGUGAUAAAAAUCCUAGCAGUGGCUGCCAUCUUUCUUGGCUUUAAUCGAAUGAUAUCACCAAGACCAUGGUUGCCCCAGGUAAUGGGAGGAUUCUUUGCAUGGGAAGUCCUCUUCUAUAUUAUCCUGGAAAUCAACACGCUCCUAAGAACAAAAGAUAUAUAUGAAAACGUUAACCGUAAGAUACCAGUUGAGAUUUUGGCUCUUAACAUAUUCAUUAUUGGAAAUCUGGCCUUCCUGAUAGCACUCUUGGUUGGCAUCGGACAAUCAGCCUGAUUCAUUGUACUGUUUGGAAAGAUCGACUCUCCUCUGCCAAAGACUCAACUAGUAAAGAACAUUAUUGCCAAUAUUUAGAGAUGUUUGCAGCAGCAGAAUCAUGGACCUGAAUGAGGAAAGGAAGUAUACAUGCUGGGACCUACAAAACACUAUAAUAUUUUUUUUUUUUUCUUAUGUUCCAAAUCUGUGGCUCCAGAUGACACUAUGACAUGGAAUACCUGAUAUUAUAUUUUCGGUGAUAAAUCAGGGCUUCAGUGUUUCCGUAAAAUUUUAAAGGUUUCCCAGAGCUGAAAGCAAAGAGGAUUGUGGGUCAUGACUUCAGAACCCAUGCUCUUUUACUUUAUUUUAUUUUUUUCACUACAUAUGGCUUAUUAGCGUUUAUAAGUAGGAGUUGCUGAAGCCCCUUAAAGGAUCCUUUUUUUUUUUGCUAUUGAUGAGAUCACCUUGCUCACCUAUACCUCUGUAGGCCAGUCCGAGCCUUCUUCUAUGGGACAGCUCUGUUUGUUCAAGUGAAUACUACAAAGCUGUCCUAUAGAAGUGAAUGGGCAUGCCAUACUUGUAAUUACACCUGCUCACCACUGCAAUUGCUGGCUGAAGUUGCACGAGACUUCAGUGAAUGACUACAGUGUUUCUAUGUGCGUAUUUAAAAACAUUUAAAAAUAGGAAUCCGAAGCAGGCUUUAAUACUGGCUUGUACCUUGUUACCAAAACCCACUUCAGAUUCCGAUUAUAAUUUUUUUUUAAUUACACAGAUGCGAACAAUGUAGUAAUUCACCGAAGUUUUGCACAACUUUGGCGGAGACAAAGUUUGGCUACACAGAGCAAAUACAGUUUAAUCCUGAAUGGAAACAGCGUUACCAACAAUUUUUUUUUUUUUUUUUUAACAAAUAAAUUUCAGAUUUAUGAUACGAAGCUCGAUUCGCUCAACCCUAGUCGUUACACACAUGGAGUUUUUGGAAACAAAAUGCUGCAGUUUUUGAACCAAGCUAGAAUUGGAUUCCAAAGUAUAGGUAGAAACUGGCUUGAGGCUCAAAAACUGGUGUCGCUUUAAAAAAAAAAAAAAAAAGCUGUGUAUGAAACCACCCUCAAUGGCC